AUGUCUCAAGCACCAUUCCCUUCUGCCAGCCUCCUCACAGACGGUCUCCUCGAGCAGCGGUUGAAAGCUAGGCAGAUCCCUGAAGCUCCUACUGAGGAAGAGAGCCUAUAUGAUGACGUGAAGCCCGAAUUGGCCGUCAAUAUUCAGUCGAGCCUUCCGCAUUCUCAGAAAGAAGCGAUUGUCCUAAAAGAGACACCUCCCAUUGGCGCCGCUGAUACAAGUGAUGAUACCGGCGCUCUGCCACUGGAUAUUACUAGUGAAACAAAACUACCAGAACCACCAGAACCACCAGAGUCGACUGACAGCGGUACACCAAAGCCCAUCGAUAUCCCUCGUCCAUCUCACAAAAGUGAUGAGUGGGCAACGACCCAUACAGGGGGACCAGAUAACGAGACACUGAACUGGCUAGAAAAAGAGAUAGCAAAGCAAGACCUGGAGAAAGACACGAUCGCAUCCAAGAGAGCCUCCGCCCCGAAGCAGAAACAUGGUACCUGGCCACUAUUACCUAGCGAGAAAGAGAGGUCGCCCCGGAAGAUUAUUUAUUCGGAGCCAGAUCGUAAUGUGAUCGUUCACAGAGGAUUCGGUGAUUUUGCAAGACCCCGAUCCGCCGCCCUUGAGGAGACGCGCACAGCCUUCCCCCCUCUCUCAAACGAAUCCUACCACCUGGAUACGUAUGGCCUCGAUCCGAACGCCCCAAAAUUGACGAGAAUGAUUUGGUUGGGUAAAAAAAAGUUCCUAGUCGCACUAACGGACCCGACGGGAGCAGAUGGCGAGCCGCUCACAUUAGAUGGGAACGUAUCCAGCCCUUCGAGUGUCUAUUCAAACAGCCUGCUCACAGGGAGCUUUGCACCAUCUGAAGCGGCUACAGAGAGUGUUUUCUUGAACGGCAAUCUCGAAUUGUGCACAAAGUGCCAGAAGAGACACAUUAAACCGGGCACGCCAGAAACAUUGGAUGCUCGUGACACAUGCCGGAGCAUGCUACCGGAUUGGUUUCCAAAGGAAAGAUAUGAGAAGCCAUGGGAUGCCUUCACCGACCUAAUUAAUAAAUAUGUCCGAGCCAGCCAAAUGUUGGAGGACAAAGAAGCAAAUCCAGAAACCAAGAUUCCUUGGGACAAGGAGUAUCAUGACCCAUCGCCUGAGUGGAAGGAAGUUGGAAGGUUUGGUGGUUGGUGGAAGUGCAGGAUAGAAGUAGAAAGCGGAGAAGACGCAGAAGGCGGAGAAGGCCCAGAAGGCCCAGAAGGCCCAGAAGGCCCAGAAGGCGGAGAAGGUAGAGAAGACCCAGAAGGCGGAGAAGGCGAAGAAGACGCAGAAGGCGGAGAAGGUGAAGCAGGCAAAUCUGACGUCCCAGCCAUUGAGAGAAACUGCCGGUUAUGUCACAGACGGAAGGCGGAAAAUGAUAAGUUGGCAGCAAAGAAAGUCGAGAGUCUUGCAGAGAAGAAGCAGUCCAUAGAGGAUUGGAUCAACAAGCAUAUGAAGAAAGAGAUGUUGAAGGAUAAAGCAUAUGUGAAAGCUCGGUUGGCGAAGGAAGGAUUUUGA